AUGUCCAUCCCACUCUCCUUCUUACGGGACCUCACCCCCUCGUCAGGUGUCUCUCUUGGAGACCUGAUUGACGAACGUGUUGUCAGCUCAGGACGGGUCCAUACGCUGCUUGACUGUCUCUGCUCGACAUCAGCGCCUGCCAUUCAUUCACCAGACGCCUCUCGGCCAUCAUUAAACCAUGACAUCCUCCACUCUUUUGUCAAAAGCUUUGCGCUUCCCCACUCCCCAUCCAAGUCGCCACUGGGUCCUAAUGAUAGAGUUAUGAUUGCACUUCCCACUGGGCCCGAGAACGCCCUCGCCCUUCUUUCCCUUGCUACCUAUCACACCGUCGCCCCGGUUAAUGCGAGCUGCACUGCAUCCGAACUUCGAGAAGACGCACAUCGCUUGAACGCCAAAGCAAUUGUUUCGACGAAGGAGGCGGAACAUCGAUUGGAGCUUCUGGCACUUCGAGAUGCCCUCGGCUGCGAGAUCGUCUACAUCGAAGGCCACCCAACCGGACCCGCCGGAUUGUUCACUAUGACCUUGGUGGGCGGUAACAUGAUCAUUCCUCCGCCAUCGACGCCACAUGGGCUUCGUGACCAGUCGCUCGUUCUCCACACUUCGGGUACUAGUGGAAAGAAAAAGGUUGUGCCGUAUACUUUACGGUCUUUGAUUGUGGGUACUUGGGCCGUCGUUCAUUCAUGGGAUCUCCAACCACGCGACGUUAACCUGAACAUGAUGCCACUUUUCCAUGUCGGCGGGAUUGUACGAAAUCUAUGGGCCCCCGCUUUCUCUGGCGGAAGCGCAAUCAUGUGCGCCGGUUUUGACGCGAUCGCAUUCUGGAAUCUCGCUUCCCAGCUACAUGCGACUUGGUACUACGCCGCGCCUACCAUCCAUCAUGCUGUCCUUACGUCACAGCCCGAUUACAUUGAACCAGAUCGCGACAUCAGCAUUCGUAUGAUUUGCAAUGCUGCCGGUGGUCUACUUCCCUCUCUCGCUGUCGAGCUCCAGAACCGAUUCAAAAAGGCCACCAUUUUGCCCUCGUACGGGAUGACGGAAUGCAUGCCAAUCGCGUCUCCGCCUACGACGUACCGACUUGAACGUCCCGGAUGUUCUGGAAUAGCGUGCGGUCCAUACAUCUCGAUCCGUGAUCCCUAUGAUUUGGAGCGCGAACUACCAACCGGGAAAACAGGAGCAGUGUCGGUCCGCGGACUGCCCACGUUUGAAGGGUACGAGGUUUCUCCGGACAUCAAUAUGCCUCUCGAUACGUCGGCUUUCUCGAGCGAAGGCUGGUUUGAUACGGGAGACGUGGGCUAUGUGGAUUCUGAUGGUUACCUAUUCAUUACUGGUCGUUCGAAGGAGAUUAUCAACAAGGGAGGAGAAGUUAUUUCACCCUUUGAGAUUGAGGAGGCUAUUAUGACGGCAGCGAGAGACCAUGUUAAGGCUUCUCUGGCUUUCGCAAUCGAGCAUAAUGCGCUGCAGGAAGCCAUUGGUGUUGUUAUAGUUCCUCAGCCUGACCGGCCUCGCGUCGGACUUUCACAGCUCCACGAUCUACUAAAAGACCACUUGCACCCUUCAAAGUGGCCAUUUGCGAUCGUUUAUAUGGCGGACUUACCGAAGAAUAGUGCUGGCAAACCUCUUCGAAUCAAAUUGGCGACUCGGUUCGGUCUUGGAUGCAUGACUGACAGUGUCCCUGUGGUUCAACGUCAUUUCGAAGCAGAGGUUCCUCCUCCAUUAGCAGCACUCUCCGAACCGGUCGCAUGUUCGAAGGUGUCAGUUGACCUUAGCGCACUCAAGCGUACACUGCUAUCCACAUUUGGAGUGUCCGAUGUUGCCGUACGUUUCCGCCACGACGGCAAUCCCGAAGCUUUUGUCUCCAUGACGGGCCAGGACGUGCCUGAUGAGGAAACUCUGAUAAAGUACAUAUCCGGAAUCCUCCCAGGCUACAUCCUACCUGAUCCUCUCCGUGUUCUGAGGACUCCGCUGUUGAAGGAUGCUGAUGGCCAAGUUGAUUUCGCCACUAUGGAAGAGGAGUUCGCUCGCCAGAACGCUUCAACCAUGACAUCACGCGAACUUCUCAUCCGCGACAUCAUCUCUGACCUUCUCUCCGUCGAGUCGGACAGGAUCAAAGGAGAUUCUGAUUUCUUCCUGCUUGGCGGCAAUUCUCUUCUUCUGGGAAAGUUAUCCUACUUCAUUCGGAAGGCCACAGGCGCAAGUAUACCCAUCUCUGCGAUUUUCACUAACAGCACUGUUUCUGGGAUCGCGGGGCUAAUCGAGAGUCAACAAGAGCAUAGCAUGUCCAAUGCUACCUCAAUGAUGUCUCUCCCUUAUAAGUCGAUACCCAACACACCUUCAGACUCAACAUUGAGCUAUGGCGACCAGGACGACAUGGAAUCGUCUAAAGGAUUUCGUGGACAAAGUCACCCUCUUUCUAUCUUGGUUCAGGUCUUCCCAUUCAUGUUUUUCUAUCCUCUCAAAACCGCUUUGACUUGGACACUUUUGUUGUACGUUAUGUCCCACCUGGCUAGGUAUAUCGACGAAUCCUUCUGGGAACGUAUGGGAGUCCUACUAUGCUGUAUUGCUGCAGCGCGGUUAGCGACACGAGUCGUAGCACCAAUCGCCGCGAUAGCAUUCAAGUGGGUUGUCAUUGGAAAAUAUAAACGUGGGACUUACAAGAUGUGGUCAUCAUACUAUCUGCGAUGGUGGCUCGUGAAUCAGAGCCUGCGCACAGCUGGUCGUGGCGUAUUCGCAGCACAUCCAGCCCUAGAGAAGCUCUACUUCCGUCUUUUGGGUGCCCACAUAGGCAAGAACGUCCACAUAGCGCAUAAGGCGAAGCUCAGCGAGUUCGACCUCAUCAGACUAGAGGAUGGCUGCCGCCUCGAUACUGCUCUCAUUCGCGGGUUCUGCGUUGAGAGGGAUGGGCAAUUCCGUCUCGACAACAUUGUUAUUGGAAAGAACGCCGUCGUCAAUACUUACACGCAAGUGGCACCCGGGGCUCGCAUUCCAGACGGCGCCGUCUAUGGUCCUCAUUCAUCAAGUAACGAAGCCCCUUCUCCACCGGAGUACGCAGCAUUCAAUAGGACUUCUUUGCGGGAACCACGCUGGUUCUUGAAAGUUUUCGUUGCCUAUCCCAUUUUUGGUUUGGUGCUUUUCACAUCCUAUCUACCCUGGUUCGCGUGCAUCUAUUUGAUGUUACAGGAGACUACCUUUAUCCGACCUCGUGGUAACGCUCUUGUCGCUGUGAUCUAUUGGUUUGCUACAUCCGACCGAGUACUCUAUCACGCGGUGUCAAGAAUCGUCAGGGCCGUCUGCACUCCACUUCUUCACCUGGUUCUCUCGAUCAUCGUGAAACGCAUCUUUGGUCUGAACAGACCCUGCAAAAGUGAAGAUGCGUCACAGCUGGUUUUGCUUCGCCGAUACAUCAACUCUGUGCUCCUGUCUCAAGAUCAUCUCAAGAACGCUUUCUCUAUUUUGGGUACCCAUUAUGAGGUUGUUUCUCUUGUCUACCGUGCGAUGGGCGCCAAGGUUGGUCGACGAAUCUACUGGCCCGGAUCUGGAAUGUACUGUCUCGAACCGGAGCUGUUGGAAGUCGGUAACGAUGUCGUCUUUGGGUCGCGUUCUGAGGUCUUCACUACCGAUGCAAAUUCGUCUGAGAAGGUAGUUAUCGGCGAUGGCGCUAUGAUCGCCGACCGAGUGGUCCUUCUCCCAGGUGUACGCGUGGGCCGGCGCGCCGUCUUGGGAUCAGGUACUAUGACUACACGGAAUGCUUACUACGAGGAGCGCUCAACAUGGAUGGGUAGCGAUCGUGGUCAAGCCAUCUGUUUCAACAAAGGUUCAAAGGACCCCGAUCCAAAUAGCGACACGACAACACCGUUUGGCAAGGCCUUCUACAAACGCCAAGCGGAUUACUUUGUCUUCCCGUACUCCAUCCUCCUGUUCAUCAACGUUGUCGUUGCUUCAUGUUCUGCCGCUUUCUGGUCGAUCAGUGCUGUUACAGCAGCUCAGAUCCUUCGCCAGUUGCACAUUCAUUUCCCGGAGAUCCACUUCUUCAGCCCCAUCUGGUACCGCGUCGUUGUACUCUAUGGCCUCAUCGCUCUCAGUUUUACCGUCGUGCUCAACCUUCAAGCUCUGGCCGCCAUUUUAUGGGUAAUCUUGACCAAAUGGAUCGUCAUUGGACGCCGUCAUGUGGGAAAAUUCGAAUGGGACAAGAGCAGUUACUGCCAGAGAUGGCAACUCCACCUGGUCCUUUCCCGCCCGCUUUACAAGGGGUACGGAAAUGGGGGAAUCCUACUCCCCCUUACGGGAACUGUUUUCAUCGUAUGGUAUUUGCGGGCGUUGGGUGCUAAGAUCGGCAAGAACUGUGCCAUAUAUGUCGGUGGUAAAGCUGGUUUGAUGACCGAACCCGAUCUGGUUGAGCUUGGCGAUGAUGUGACCCUAGACAACUGCUCAGUCGUGGCGCACAUCAACUCGAGAGGAAAUUUCGCGCUUAACGGCCUGAAGAUCGGUAAUGGUUGUGCUAUGCGAAGUGGUUCCAGAUUGCUUUCCGGUGCUUCUAUGGAGGAUAGCAGCAUGCUGUGUGAGCACACGCUUUUGACAUCGGGCGAGGUCGCCGAGUCGGGUGCUGUGUACGUCGGGUGGCCUGCGAGACGGGUCGAUAACUUGAAAUCGUGGCGGAACUCGAAGGAGCGAACCGACGUGAAGUGA